AUGCCUUCCUUUCAGGUGAGAGUCAUCGACCAAACCAAAGAUGGUAUGGAGAUCGAAACGGAAUAUGAAAAAGCAAGAAUGAGCAUGAUGUCCAUGUCGUCGGAACAGCCUUCCUUUGAUGGCCAUAUGGUACAGGAGCUGCCUUCGUCUCGCGUCAAGCACGUGGAUGACGAAAAGUGGGAAGCCUCCUCGACGGCCAAGAAAUAUUUGGCAAGAUUGAAGAAAGCAAGGUUGCAACGACAGAAAACCUCGCUAUGGAAUCAAUCGCAAACUACCAAGUUGGCGGCCGCUACCAAUAGAGAGGCGCGUGAUCCCGUCGAAAACAUUCGUGAGAACCCCAAAAGUCACUGCCGUCCCAAUAUUGAAGUUGAUGAGGAUGAGCCACCGGUUGAGAAGCCAGUUGAACAUCAACGAGAAGAACACGGUGAAAGCCUCUACGGAGCAGAGGAUGAUCGUGAAGUUUUGUUCUCUGCUUCUACAAUGUCGGAUUCCGAAAGUCUAUUGGAAGAAGAGAAAGUGAGCAACACUGAACGUUACCACCGUAUGAUCAACGAUCCCUAUGGCUUCCCAGAUUAUUCUGCUGUUAACUCCAUCCCACCAGUGGUGCUAGUUUCCAACAAAUCCUCAACCAGCGAGGAUCUUGAGAAGAACAACUUGAAGCGUGACAAUACCGAUACUACCGAGGAAAAUGACAGUGCCAUCCUGGAAAAGUCGGGUUCCGACGACAGCUGGGACAUAAUGAACAAGUACGAUAGGAAUGCUGUAGAUGGACAAAACUCCACCACCUCGGAGCCUGUUGGCGAGAAAGCACCCCCGCUGGUUGAGCAAAAACCCUUCAACGAGUCCAAGAACAAAAGAGAUCCUCCAACACGUGGCGAUGAAUUAUUGGGUGUCAAUCGCAUUGAUGACAAUAAGGGGAUGGAUUUCCAGCCUCCAACUGAACAACAUCAUCCGUCUCCACAAACAAAGUCAGGAAACCGGAACAACGCUGCUCUUGAUCCGACUAUGGAAUCUAACGAGUGGGGGGUUGAGCCACAACCUUCUUUUGGCAACGUUUUAGAUGUCCCAUGCGAUGAGCUACUUGUUGCAACAAAGACAUGCAAGAAAGACACUGUGGAAAGUCAGGAAAAGGUAUCCGAAGAAGAACCCGACAGACAGUGUGUGCCUGCUGGAGCCGCAGAAAACACCGUUGCGCCCAUCCAGAAAACCAAACGGGACCGGGACCCCCACAACGACUUUCCCAAACAAAGCGUGCUCGAGCUCCUAAUGAAAAGAGCGGAGAUGAGCAACUUAGCCAAGAAGAAGGCCAGAAGCACUGGGGAUGAUGCGACUGUUGCGAGCGAGCAACUCUCUAAAGCAUCGAAGUUUAAGGGUCAUGUGAUCCCUCCAGUUGUGGCAAUCGACAAGAGAAAUCCUGGAGAGGAAGUGAUAACAUGGUCUAGUUCACCUCCACACAAAAAAGAAAUCAUCGAAAGUGCACAGAAAAUUGAUCUUGACUGCCCUUCUCCAGUUGAUGAGGAGAACGUGAAUCCCAAGCAAAAGAGCUCAGAGUCUUCCAAAGCAUUGUUGGAUUCUGCUUUCAAAAUGAUCGCUAGACUCGAAAAAGAGAAUGCCGAAAAAGAUGCAAAAUUGAGAAGUUCGGGUCUCUACAUGGAGACUCUCGAAAAGAAACUUUUCGAGGACAAAACGGCCAUGGAAGAAGAGAGGAAGAGACGCGUUAAUAUCGACUCCGAAGAAGUCAGUCGAUUGAAGGAAAAGGUGUCAGGUACUUUGGACAACUUGAAUGCUGAAGAAGAAAAGGGGAAAGCUUUGCAAAAGCUGGUCAAUGAACUCAAAGAGGAGCUCAAGACAGAGAAGAGUGUUAUCGGCAAGAAGCAACAGGAGAGUAUUGCCACCAAGAAAGAGCUUCUUGAACGCGAACGCAAUCAAGUUAUGCAGCUACGGGCUACAUUGGCGGAGAGAGAUCAGACGUUAGAACACACAAAGAGCCGAGUCAUCGAAUUAGAAGAGAAGCUCGUUUCGUCCCAUAAGCGUGCAGCACAGGAGGAGACCAAAGCGACAGAACUACGAGCGGCCCUCCAAGAAAAUGAAGCUCAAUUGGAAAAGACAAUGAUCAAGCUGGACCAUACAAGCAUGCGGCUGAAGGUUUUCCUUGAUAUUCAGAACGCAAGCGGAGAAGUCAAACGCAACGAAGACAUCAUGGAGGAGUUGAAGCGAAGCAUCGAGUCUCGGCAAAAGCUGAUUGAUCAAGAAGAAGAGAAAAAGAAGGAACUUUUCUCCAAGCAACUGGAAAACGCAUCUCUGGCUGAAGACCACCAAGCGAGUGCAAAAAAGGUUGAGGAAAGUCUAGAGAAGUACUACCAGCUAAUCCAAAAGGAAAAGGAUGAAGUCCAACGUCUGAAAAUUCUCGGAAAGGAAAAGGAAGAGCAGAUGGCCAAGGAAAAGAGCAUGGUCGUAGACAUUGAAAAUACCAUCGUCCGAAAGCAUGCUAUGGUUGAUCUUGAAAAGGUAAAGCAGAAGGCGCUUGAAAGUUCUAUCGCUCAGAAAGGUAGGCUGGUGGAAAUGGAAGCGUCAAAAAUGCGGGAACACAAAGCUUUAUGUGCCGAACGAAAGCAGCAAAUUGAAACGGAGAAGGAAGAAAUUCAGCGUGCCAUUCAAGAGAAAGAGGAAUUGCUUUGUUCCGAGAAAGCGGCGAUUGAGUACUUGCAACAGGUGAUUAGCAUGAAAAAGUCACUCCGCGAGGAGAAGAGAGCUUUGGAAAAGGACGACCCAACCCAUUUCAAAUAUGACGGCUCACGUGUUGCAGAACUGCGGUCACUUUAUGGAAACAAUUAG